ACACAAUUUUAUCAGAGAUUGAACCUCAUACCUCUCUAUUUGUAAGGUUCCAUGGUAUUAGAAUGAUAACUUCUGUUAAUCUGGACAAUAUAUUUUAUGGUAGCCAAUAGGACCCAGAAGAAUACAAGACAAUUCCUACAAUUCUUGAGAAGUGAACCAUGUUGAGGAAUCCAACAAUCCCAGUGUUGCUUUGUACCAUUAUUGGAAUAAUAUGUGAGCAGAUGUCGACUAGUUACCAUUUUCACCGAUUAGAAGGUUACAUAAUCCAGUCAACUGAUCCAGCCAAAGUUAUUCAUAAAGCCACCAGCAAAUUUCAAUGUGCCCAAAUGUGUUCAGUGAAUGACUGUGAAUACUUCACCUACAAAUCUAGUGAACGGCAAUGCCAAUAUUUCCAUAUAUGGCAAGAUAAUGUCACCAUACAGAAAACAACCAACAGACAAGCAGAAACAUUUGUCUCAAAGAAUGUUCUGCAGAAGAAAUGGUUUAAAAUCUACUCAUUAACAAUGGAGAAGGAUUGUCUUGUUUCUGAAUCGUUUCUUGAGAAUCCAAGACUGAUAAACCCACCCAACAGUUGUUCACACUUGAAUGAGACAUUCUUUUAUCGAAAUACCCUCAUGGACCAAUGGACAAUUCUACCCAUUGAUCAGGUGAAGUUUGCUGCUUAUAAGAAUGGUAUAGAAGAGCUGGAGCUUGUCUUCAAUGGUCGCAAUUCAACAAAGAGUGAUUGGUUUAAUUUCCAGAGACUUAUCUCUUCGCCAUGGACUGAUUUAAGUGAAGCAACAAUUGCCUACUUUGGUAUAAGUCCAACGAGACAAAGGCACUUUUAUGUAUCCCAGGUUCAAAUUGGUUGUGAACGUCUUCUGUCCUGGUUGAUUGUUAGUGAAGCAGCACGCUGCUCGUGACAGGAAGCUGAGUACUACCCCACACUCAUCUAUUGACCUCUCACAACAUCUGUCACCAUUUCUUCAGGGGGAAGAAGAGGUGAUGCUGUGGCAGUCUUCAUCAAGUUGAUAUAGAAACAUCAAGACAGUGAGUUCCAUCCAAAGGCAAAGUCUCAGACACACAACUCCAGCUGGUCCUUUAUUUGACCUCAGAAAUUCCAAUAUUUUUACAAAAUUGAUGAACUGCAAUUUGUCUUCUAAAAACUCCUGCGGCAUGCAAUAUGGGCCCCCAGUUUGAGAACCCAUGACUUUGGGGAUGGAGUUGAAAGUGUGAUAAAUGAAUUGUAGUAGUUUACUUUAGCCAUCAUGGUUAAGACCAUGCUGGAGCACUAUAUUGUACUGAUCAUAUUUAGUAGUGAUUAGUAUUCUUGGUCGAUAUAUCAAUAGAAAAAGACAAUUUUGAAUAAAUCUUGUUUUAAAUAA